UCCAGGUUUGUUGGGAGAUUAGCACAAAGAGGAGGAACAACUACCAUCGAGCCAGGCUGAAGCUGAGGGAGAGGAACUGCGAGGGCAGCGUCUUAAAGGCCAUUCUGGGUCUUCUAAGUGGAUGAGAUACCUGGCACGGGUCCACAGCGUCAGAGCUCACAGGAAUAUUUGCCACCUUGAACUCCGCUUCUACAACAUCCCUGAACCCUGUUUCAGCCGUGACAUACUGUCCACGUGCUUCACAACAUUGUGUGUUGGCCUCCUUCAGCCCAUGAUCCUGAUGGAGAGCAACUCUAAGAGGGGAUUGGGAGACUUGAAUGGCAUGGAGGAAUCACAGGGAGAGCCCGCAUGCUCCGAGAAGUCUGGUUCCUUGCAGGGCUCAAAGGAGGAGGAAGCAAGGCGGCCGGUGGCGCAGUGGACGGCAGCCGAAGUGUGUGCCUGGCUGAGAGGGAAGACCUUGGGAGCACCAAGCAGCCCAUUGCUGGAGGCAGCAAAUAGCCAUGCCAUCUCUGGCAAGGCUCUCUUGCGCCUAUCCGAGGAAACCCUGGAGCGCAUGGGUAUCAUGCCCAAGAGCCUGCGUGAAGACCUAUUGCAGGAGAUUCUCCUCCUGCGCAUUCAGCAAGAAAUGGAAGAUUUGCUGGACAUUUCAGAUGAAUAACACAGGAGACCCAGCAGUUAAAAUCACAACUGCCUGGAAAGCAACCACCCUGAAGCAUCUCUAGCAUCGGGUACUGGUGUCAGCCAAGCCUCCAGUUGGAUUGUGAGUUUAUGGACUGGAGAAAGUAAACCAGCAACUUGAGACUGGGACUCAGUUCUCCAUACCUAGUGCAAGUCCUUUUGCAGAAAAAUAUGGACUUGGAAAAAGAGGCUGUUCUAUUAUUAUUACCCCAAAAUGGGGAGAACUGCUGAUAGUUGUUGAAAAUGGACAUCUGCUCUGGGCUGUUCUGCUUAAGGCAGUGGUUUUGCAGCAAUGUGGGGUGGGGGGGGUGCCGCCAUGGGUGACUGGUAGUCAAUCCUUGGAGACCAUUCAUGGUUUCCAGUUCAUCUUAUGAAUAAGCCUAUUGACAUCAUAUAAUAUCAGGGACAGGCACUCUGGGGCCUUUCAGAUAUUUUGAACUACAACUCCCCAACGCCUUGACCGUUCCAUGUCUAGGCCUGAUGGGAACUGAAGUCUGCAGAGAAUCAGGCUUCCUACGUAUUAUGCUAUGGUGGUAGUUCUGGAUUAAAUGUUUCUUUAAGGGCUUCAGGAUCAUUUCUGAAACUGGAACAUCAUGAUGGAGGCAGAAUUACAGCCCUAAGGGGAUGGAAAGAUGACUCAAAAAAGAUGUUUAGUCAUAGACAGGCAACCACACCAUUUGUACUCUAUGUCAUAUUUAACCUUCAUCUCUUUUCAGACAGUUGCAGACAAUUUCUUUCAUUGCCAGGACAGGAGCUAUUUUUCCUUGCUCCAAACUCCUUUUUAUUCCAUGUCUCCUGGAACCUAGAUCCAUCCCUUCCACCUUUCCUGGCAACUUUUGGAAAGAACUUGCAGCUUCCUAAUUAGGAAACAAAGCAUUGUAUCAGCAUUUUUUGAAUUUCUACACAUUUUAAUACUUUUGCUAUUUGUUAUAUUGAUAUAUGUUAUAAUUUUAUUUGUAAGCUACUCUGACAACAGAUGUUGAGUGGCAGAUUGAAUUUUUUUCAAAAACAACUUUGUAAAUAAAAUCAUGCACAUUUAGUGCCAACACAAAAGAGACAACAUUAAGUAUCUUACUUCUUAGAUCUCUGUGUUACAGCCUCCCAGGCCCAGGAAGACCCUGUUAUGACCGUCUUGUGUCUAGUACUUGUUUUGAACAGACUCAACUCAGAAUUAGUAAAUACAGCCCUCCAAUACUUUCAUUUCCUGAAUGAAACAAACACGCAAGAGAUGAGAUAUUAAAAAGCUUGGAAAAAUUUAUUGAAGUUUUAUGUCAUAAUAGGCUUUUGAAGUUUUUAAAUACAAUAAAUAUUUACCAGUAAUAAUAGCA